UAUUGCAGGCAGACAUGGAGGAGCUGAGCGCCGUCGGGGAGCAGGUCUUUGACGCGGAGUGCAUUUUAAACAAACGCCUGAGAAAGGGAAAGUUGGAGUUCCUCGUCAAGUGGAGGGGAUGGUCAUCCAAACAUAACAGCUGGGAACCCCAAGAAAACAUCCUUGACCCGAGACUGCUGGCUGCAUUCAAAAAGAAAGAGCAAGAAAAGGAGCUCCUGUUACGCAAAAAAGGGAAAAGACCCAGAGGAAGACCACGGAAAAUCCUUGACAAUGUGCCUGAAGCUGCAAAAUCAAGCAGCUCUUCAUCUGGCUCAUCGUCGUCAUCCUCCGAUUCCUCAUCCUCCUGCUCGUCCUCUUCGUCCUCCUCAGACGACGACGAUGAAGAUGGCAGCGUCAAGCCAGCAACCCAGAGUGUGAGAACACGAGACCAUCAUCCCGUCCCGCAGAAGAAGGCACAGAUCGUUGUGGCAAAACAGGAGCCGCCGAAGAAACGAAGCAGGAAACCUCUGCCCCCUGACCCGAAGGAGUUUCAGCAGAGCAAAGGUGCUCGCAAAAUCCUGAAGUUAUCAAAAGAUACAGAUCUACCAGGAGCAAUCAAAAAGCCUGUUCACCCAGCAAGCUUCACCUUCAUGGGUUUCCAUCGGAACUCUGGUAGGGAUACACUGGGUGGUCCGAACAGGGGCUCUCUGACCCAGGGAGGGGCUGUUAAAAACUCCAUGAGCUCUGUGGGAUCCGGAAAAUCAGUUCAACCUGCCUCCCUCUCUCUGAACAAAUCCAGCCAGAGCAGGAACCUCACUGAGGGCAAACUGUCAAUCUCCAGCAUGAGCAGCGGGGCGAGUCUGGAUUUGAACACAGCUGCUGGUAAAUCUAAAGGGGUGGCAGCGUUGAAUUUGAAUACAUCCAAACACCCCAUUCAAGGCACCACUCAGCACACACUGAGCUCCCCCAAUGGACAAAAGAAAGCCCAGGGCCCCGCGUCAGCACUGCAGCGGUUACCCAACACCAGAGCAGUCGCUUCUGUACCAGCUAAGAACGCCUCCUCCAAUCAAGGUUCUGGCCUUCAGCCGCUCAACCUUCAGAACAAACCAGUGCAAAGCAAUAAUAGUCCUGGGAAUGGUGCCACACCAGCGUCAGGCCUGAGAAAUGCAACCAACCCAGCAAGGAAAGCUACUGUCACACAAAACCAGGACUACAAUCCUCCCAAGAGUCCAGCAACCCCGGGGAGACUGCAGACCAGAAAGAACCAGCCAGGAGCAGAGAAAGUCAAGGAGGCGACUGAAAUCCAGUCCUCUAGAGUCCAAGGCAGGCUGGAGAAGAGCAGCGUGCACAAAUCCUCCACAGAGGUCCAGAGCCAACAAGAGAGAUCGGCCUACAAAGACGGCAAGAAAGACAUGAGCACGGGCGAAGAGGAGAGCAGCUCAGACUCUGACCAAGAUUCUUCUUUCAUCGGACAGGAUCGCUCCAUGAACCAGGACUGGAAGCCCACACGCAGUCUGAUAGAGCAUGUGUUUGUCACAGAUGUCACCGCUAAUCUAGUUACUGUCACAGUGAAGGAGUCACCGACCAGCGUGGGCUUCUUCAGCAUCCGCAACUACUGAUGGGAUUUCAGACGCCGCAAACCAGAUGGACUGUGAAACAAACAGAGGGGAUUUGGGUUCUGAAGGAACUAAAUAAAACCCUUUUUGCUCGAGAACUCCUGAGGAAUGCAUCAGGGAGUGGAGGUCAAUUAACAUUUCAAUUUCUUAAUAGACUCAUUUUUUAGAUUAAAAAAGAAACAGAACCUGACAUCAGUUAUUGAUUGUAAUUAUUUAUUUGCUCGUGGCUACAAAUUGUGCAAGAAAUGGGAGUGGAGGAGAGACGAGGCCAGAUUUUGGUCUCGUAUUAUUAUCUCAAGUAAACAAAUCUUCUCAAUCAGUCCAAAAUUGUGUUGAUUCGAGGGUCGUACAACAAUUGAAUCAGUUUAAGAAUCUUAAAUGUAGGUUUCCCAACCUGUGCAAAAAUUCACAUUCAUUCAUAUUGAUUUCUUCUGUGUCGAGAUGAUCUGCUUCUUUUAUAACAUACAACUUUAGCAUAUAAGAGGAAUGUCUUACUGAAUAAACUGAAGAUGAAUUUAUGAACUGUAGGGAAGAGCAGGAGGGCUAGCUUCUUUUAUGGAUGGCAGACAUUUAGUUCCUAUUAUGUCAUAAUAUGUUGUGGAUUCAUAUCAAUCAAUAGAAAAUGUAAACCAGUUUUUAAUUCUUAGUAUAGAAUUGUUAUUUUACUGUUUCGUGAAUUAGCUACCUCUGUUUUUUUGUUUUUUUUUAACAUUUGCUGCAAAUGUAUAUUUUUUUCAUCUGGGAGAGGAAAACCCUUUCCCUCCAGGGUAAACCAUAUAAUUGUUUUUAUAUAGCUCUAAUGUAUUGACUUCUCGUGCUCUAUAAACUUGUGUUAGCACCAGAGACCAGCCUGAGAAGCUUUGUUUCUGUGUAAUGAAACACUCCCCAUCAGGACGGGACCUGAGUUGUGCUCGGUGUUGAACUGCGCGCAGCUUUUAUCGCCUUGAAGAGAAGGUUCAUUCCACAGUGCAGCCAGUUUAUCUGUGCGGUUUUCCAAAUGGGCUGAAGCAUGUCAGGAGUCAGAUACAGUAUCUCUGUUCCUCCCUGGUGCUCUGAUAAGACUCGAGUUGUGGCUGCGGUUUGCGCUUCUGUCUCUGCACCAGCUCUGUCCCUCUGCGAGGUAUUCACCAGCAAAUUUAAUCUUCUCAGACUUGUAAUUAAUACGGACAAAACCCAGAGAAAAAGUGCUUGCGUUGACGUGGCUGGACGAUCACAGACAGUAUAUCUGUCAAAGCUUCUCUCUCAGUGUGUCAAAGCCUCCUGUGAGCCUUUGAGAUCGCCAAAGGCAACACACUUUAAAGUGCGAAAUGGGUGAAAAAGUUGGGUGUGGACAAUAAACCUUUCAGCAUUGUUUGUCCCAGACCACAAAACACCAACUUUCAUUGUGUCUCUUGCUGCUGGUGUUUCCAAAUGUCAAGUGCUGAAAUACCAGAUUUGAUUUGGUUUUGUUAUUUUAUUUUUUUGACUUGCAGCUGCAGACGUCUCAUUUCACCCGCCUGCACGGCCUCAGGAGCUGCAGGCCCAGCCUCUGAGAGAGAAAAAAGAGGUCUUUAUCUGAUGUAACGGAAAAGAAACCUCAACAAUGUGCGCUACUUUCUGCUCCCUUGAGAGGAGUUCAGCAACAAAGCACUUCGACUGAACUCUUCGUCUAAUCCUGCUCUGCAGAAUGUGCCUUUCUUUCCCUCAAAGACUAAACACAAAGACAUUACCCCAAAGAUAGCUAGAAUUUCAGGUUGUUCAAUAAAGGAGUACCCUUAGGGCACAGCAUGGAGACUGUACCAUUGUUUUUCUCGUCCAUGUUGUUGUGAAACAGCUAAAAAAUGGAAGGCCUCCUGAAAGACUAUCACAAAUGUAUGGAGCAGACACAUAUUUGAUGCCUUGUUCUCAUAUUACACGUGUUACACAUGGAAAAAAAGGACGCAGCAUUUGGUUUCAUCAGUGUAGCUGUUGUCCACAAGAGUCCUUCUAUGUCAAAGAAAUGCAUCAGGCCAGAGGUAAAGAUCAGUCUAGCCGCAAUCAAAACAUCACAACCAUGUAAUAGACUAUGGGGUAACACAAAGGGUGUUUAUAUGAAUCUGCUUUUCCUAAAUAAUGAAGAGAAACAUUUUUCAUAUUUCUUCAUUUAUUUCUUUUUUUAGAUACUAACCAUGUCAAUGGAACUUUGUUCUCUUUACACUAUUUAUUUCAAAUUAAGAGCCUUUCAGGGUAGGUAGACAGUGUCAUCAAUCCUUGUAUUGUGCCGCAUGUCAAACUGACUAAUAAAUGGUACAAACCUUA